AUGUUUUUUGCGGAUCUCGCGAGAAGAGGGUAGCCGGCGAUGGAGACGGGCGGCGGGCCGUUGCCCGUCGGGCCCGGACCCGGACCUGGACCUGGAUUAGGUACCACAGCCGUGACUGCCACCACACCCCCAGCUAACAACAGCUUUGGCAAACCCAGGGCCUUGCCUAAAGGUCGUGAGUUUUUCAGGAACCAGAGAAAAGAUUCGGAGGGUUUUUCUGAGUCACCGGACCUUGAGUUUGAAUAUUCUGACAGUGACAAAUGGGCAGCUGAGCUUUCAGAAUUGUACAGCUAUACAGAGGGUCCUGAGCUUCAACUGAAUAGAAAAUGCUUUGAGGAUGAAUUCAAGACUCAUGUGAAAGAUAAGAAAUGGACAGAAGUGGAUUUCUCAGAGCACCAGGCUCAUGCUAUGCGAUUAUUGGAUGGCUUGGAGGUGACUGCCAGAGAGAAGAGACUGAAAGUGGCUCGUGCCAUUCUGUAUAUGGCUCAAGGUACCUUUGGUGAAUGUAACUCUGAGGGAGAAGUCCAGCAGUGGAUGAGAUAUAAUGUAUUUCUGUUGCUCGAAGUUGGCACCUUCACUGCAUUGGUGGAGCUUCUCAGUAUGGAGAUUGACAACAGUGCUGCAUGUAGUAAUGCAGUAAGGAAGCCAGCAAUCUCUCUGGCUGACAGUACAGAUCUCAGAGUGCUGCUGAACAUUAUGUACCUGAUGGUGGAAACAAUCCGUCAGGAAAUGGAUGAUGAUAGUCCAGAAUGGAGGGCAAUGAGGGAGACCUUCAGAACAGACCUAGGCGUAUCCUUGUACAACAACGAGCCAUUUUCAGUUAUGUUGUUUGGAAUGGUAACCAAGUUCUGCAGUGGCCAUGCUCCCCACUUCCCUAUGAAGAAGGUUCUGUUGCUGCUUUGGAAAACUGUAUUGUUAUCUUUGGGAGGCUUCGAAGACUUGCAGGUUCUUAAAGUGAAGAAACGUGAAGCACUUGGUCUCCCGCCACUUCCUGAAGACAGCAUCAAAGUUAUCCGUAACAUGAGAGCUGCAUCACCACCAGCAUCUGCCUCAGACCUAAUAGAACAGCAGCAGAAGCGAGCCCGCAGAGAGCACAAGGCACUUAUGAAACAAGAUAAUUUGGAUGCUUAUAAUGAGAAAGACCCAUACAAAACUGAAGACCCCCGUGAGGAUGAUGAUGAGAAUGACGAUAAUGAUAACUCACUUGAGACAGAAACAUUUCCUUUGGAAAGGGAAGAGGUUCUACCGCCACCAAUUCCUCACCCAACCUGUGAGCGUUUAUCUCUUCCCAAAGGAUUGCCUUGGGCACCUAAAGUGAGAGAAAAAGACAUUGAAACUUUUCUAGAAUCCAGCAGAAGUAAGUUCAUCGGUUAUACAUUAGGAAGUGAUACUGAUACUGUGGUUGGAUUACCACGACCCAUCCAUGAAAGUAUCAAAACCCUUAAACAGCAUAAGUACAUUGCAAUUGCUGAAGUCCAGAUCAAGAAAGAGGAGGAAUAUCUGAAAAAGCCACUUUCUGCGGGAGAUGAGGAAUUUGACCUGACACCAGCUGAAGUUCUUUAUCAGGGUAUAUUGCCCAGUUUGCCUCAAUACAUGAUUGCCUUACUGAAGAUUCUUUUGGCUGCAGCUCCAACCUCAAAAGCAAAGACUGACUCAAUCAACAUUCUUGCUGAUGUCCUACCAGAAGAAAUGCCUACCACGGUGCUACAGAGUAUGAAGCUGGGAGUAGAUGUCAACAGACACAAAGAGAUCAUUGUGAAAGCAAUUUCUGCUGUCCUAUUACUUCUGCUUAAGCACUUCAAACUCAACCACAUCUAUCAGUUUGAGUACAUGGCACAACAUCUGGUUUUUGCGAACUGCAUCCCACUUAUUUUGAAGUUCUUCAAUCAGAAUAUUAUGUCCUACAUUACAGCAAAGAACAGUAUUUCUGUGUUGGAUUUUCCCUACUGUGUUGUACAUGAACUACCUGAACUGACUGCAGAAAGCUUGGAAGCAGGUGAUAACAACCAGUUCUGCUGGCGGAACCUCUUUUCUUGUAUUAACCUCCUUCGAAUUCUCAAUAAAUUGACCAAAUGGAAACAUUCCAGGACCAUGAUGCUUGUGGUUUUUAAGUCAGCCCCAAUACUGAAACGAGCACUCAAGGUCAAACAAGCCAUGAUGCAGUUAUACGUCCUGAAGCUACUGAAAGUGCAAACCAAAUACCUGGGGCGCCAGUGGCGGAAGAGCAACAUGAAGACGAUGUCUGCAAUUUAUCAAAAGGUGCGCCACCGUCUGAAUGAUGACUGGGCCUAUGGAAAUGAUCUUGAUGCCCGUCCGUGGGAUUUUCAAGCAGAGGAAUGUGCAUUGAGAGCCAACAUCGAACGGUUUAACAGUCGCAGAUAUGACAAAAACCCAAGCAACCCUGAUUUUGCCCCCGUGGAUAACUGUUUACAGAGCGUCCUGGGGCAACAACUCGUAUUACCGGAAGAAUUCCAAAUGAACUAUGAUCUUUGGCUUGAAAGAGAAGUUUUCUCAAAGCCAAUCAGCUGGGAAGAGCUUUUGCAGUAAUUUCCAGUUCUAUUUUGUACAUUAGUCUAUUGUUUGUAACAGUGUAUAAAUACAGUAAGUUGCUAGGUUUUGCAGGCUGUGAGAGAUCAUAGUGUUUAAUUUAUGACAAGAAUUCUAGCAAAGUUACUUUCUAUUAAUUUAUGGUUUGAGGCUAAAUGCCAUACAAUGAGGACCUGCUGGAAAAUGCUUUUGUAGAUAUUGGGUGAGGCAUCAUUUAGCUUGAGGUGAGGCAGAUGAUUGAGCACCUUAAUUGCUUCUCACAUUAUAAACUUAAGGUUCCGGAAGACAAUCAUGCCCACUAACUCUGAUGAGAAAGUAGAACAAGUGAAAAAAAAACAGUAAGAAACAGCUUUGUUCUUGUCUACUUUGAUUACUAAAAUUAAAGCAAGAAUAUCACCCUAAAGGUUGCCAGUAAAAGGGCAACCAAUUAUUAUCCACCACGACUAUGGCAAAUUGAGUCAAGUGACUAGACUAGUUCUCAAUUGGAUAUUUACUGUUAAUUGAUUAUUUUUACAUCUGAAUGGACCAAAUAUGCUUUUUGGUGACAAAGAAUGCAAAUGCAAUGCUUUUUGAUGUAACUGUCCUUGAUUUACUUUUAAUUUUGUCUCCUCGCAAUUCCCAGUUUAGAUGAUCAUCACAAACCGUGCUUUCUCCCAGGACCUUAAAACUGUGGAAUUCUUCAUUUGUUCACAAUAUCAACUUGACUAAUUUUAUCUUUUUUUUAAACCUGUUUUAGUUUCAUCAGUACUAUGGGCUUAUCAUAUUCCUUAAUAAACAUGAAGAGCUACUUUGUGCGAUGUAGUCAACUGAGGGAUUAGUAGCAUUGCGAUCUGGUGUACUUUUUGAAUUGUUCCUAUUUAAUCAUUAUGUAAUGGCAAAUUUUCUGACCCUUGUACAAAUCUCAGACAUUGUGAACUGAAGUUUAGUUGUUUGAUUUAAUGUAUUUUUGCUCUUCUCACCUGGUCAUGACCAAAAUUAUGAUUGCCCAUUCAAAAAGUACGUCCAGGAAUCUCACAGCGUUGAAUUCCAUUGUAUCAGAGCUUAUGGAAUUCCGAAGAACUAAAAUAGUUUUGGAGAACUGCAGUGAAAGAGCCCAUCUUUUUCAUUCCCAUGUGUAGGAUUUUGAUGGAUUGAAUUAUUUGCCUUUAAUUUCUGUUUUAUGAAAUUUCAAUAAAUCAAAACUUUCCCCCAAUUCACUUUCAUUGUUUAGGAUUCUAGUAAGCUAAAUUCAACUGAUUAUGCAACUUUCAAUCCAAAUGCAAAGAAUCCAUGCGUAUUCAGAAUACGUAUUAAUUCCUAAUGGCCUUUUGCCAAUGUUAAGCACACUGAGAAUUGUUAUCUACUGUGACAUGACAAAACAUUACUGUUUUAUGUUUUAGUUUGAAUAUUAGCCUUGUCAUUUUGCUGAAUACAUUAUUUAAUGCAUGAUGCAAAGUUUCACUUGUUUUAUCACAAAAUUAGUUUUGGAGAUCAAGACUCAAGUUCAUUCUUGUACACUAGGAAUGUGCGAUACAGUAACUCAUAACAGUGAUAUUGAAAAAUCGUUGAAAACUGUGACAUGUAUUUUAAAUCUGUAAACGUUCCUCAACCAUUAGGUUAAAACAUUUCAGAUUAUGAGUAAUGUUUACAGGGUAAAGAAGGAAGUUGUUUUAUUUCCCAUAUUGAAGAAUGUGCCCUCAAGCAACCAUAUGUUGAGUGAAAUGGAUGAGGAAUUAUUGAAAUUUUAUUGAUAUCAAACUGUCUGUUCUUUUGUGACUUGAGCAUUGUGGAUGAUACACUAAGCUGUGAAAAUAGUUUAUCAACAUUACUGCACUGAUGCACUCUGCCUCUUAUUAGCUCUCAAAUAAUAAUUAUAUUUUAAUUUUGCAAUAUAAAAAUGUUCUUAACGUAAUCUGGUUAUUUAUCAGAAGAGCAAAAACUAAGAGUGCAAAUGCUAGAAAUCUGCAGCACAUCAGUUAUCAAUUGAAAUAUUCAUGUUACUGUUUUCACACUUUCUAUAUUUCAGCAUUCGAUAAGGGCCUGAUUAAUCUUUGUACAUUCCCACCUCUAGCUUUGGUAGUUGAGUACCUACAUGUGUAAAUUUUAAUUAAAAAUUUUCCUUCACCUAGUUACUUGCACCAAUCCCUUAAUACUUCGGUCUGCUGUUCUAUAAAUUAGGAUAACUGUUGUACAUUGGUUUUAUUUUUCUUCCUUCAAAAUGCUGAAUAAGGUCUGCAGGACCACGUUCUUUUUGUUAAUUUAUACCUGCAAAGCAUAAUAGUCUGAGUAACUAAAGGUUCCUUGAAAUUUAGGACAUUUCUGUCAAAGCAUUGCUACAAAAUGCAAUCACACUGUAUCCCUUGUUAUGGUGCUGUAUUAAUAUAGAUGUGGAUAUUUAACACAAGGUUUCAUGUAUGUCAGUAAAGUAGGUAAUUUCUGUAAAAUUUGUUUUUGAAUUCUUUUUAAUGGAGCUGUAUCUUUUUAUGUUUACUUUGUCUUUUCUAAUAGGCUGUUGAUGUUUUGAAAAAUAUGGUCUUUGUGAGGUAUAUGGGAAUAAAAUGGACAUCAACCCAAAGGAGAUGUGUGACAUAAAGAUGGGUUUUGCAGAAGCAUUCAAAAAUAUGAGAUGCGGAGAUGCUAAGAUAGUCAGAAAGGGAAUGAUUGAGCUUAAGGUUGCACAGAGGAUCAUUUUGGUCAAAGAAGCUUACAAUGCUGGAGAAUUGCAGAUAUCCAGUAUUAUGAUUGUUAGAGCUGAGUAUAACAAUGGUAUGAGUGCUUUUAGUGGUAGGUAAUAAAAAUAGCCACAGUUUCAGCCGGGAAAUGUCCUUUAGCCAAUCCAGCCCAGCUACCCAGAUUAUUUGCUUUGCCAUGUUUAAUCCGUCUGUCAAUCCUGCACCAAAAUAAUGCUUUACAUCUCUAAAAACUCCAGUACUGUUGAUUAUGUUAAAAUUUAUUAUUCAGAUGAGGGAAUUAUUUCUGAGACCAUCAAUUUAUGGCCCAACCCUAAGGAUGCUUAAGAAGGUGGUGGUUAUCCACAUGUUGAUCUGCUGAGGUCAUUCUGGGAAGGUAUUCCCACAAUGGAGUUUCAAAAUUUAAACUCGGCAACAAUAAAGAACUAACAAUAAAUUUCCAAGUCAAGGUGGUGUGUGGCUUGGAACAUUGAUCCAUCAAGGUCCAGCUCUUGAAAGUGGUAAGUUUACUUGUUUAUAUUAGAAAUGUCAAAAGUGAAGGAAUAAGUUCAAAUUGCUUUUUCUUUUCAUUACCUUGUGACCAUAUGUGUUUAAAUUCUACACAUGGUGGAAAGUGUAGUGUUUCUCAAUAUCCUGCCAAUAAGUGAAAAACCUUUCUUUGCCCCUUCAAAUAAAAGAACAUACAAAAAUGCCUUCUCAACAAGAACGAAGUUUUAAGAAAACGAACUUUGGAAAUGCAGGUAAUCAAUCUGAUCUCAUUUCAUAUACUUACUGAACCUUUGGGAUAUUUCUCCUACUCUGAUUCUUCAAGUAUAUUUCCACUUGGGCAUAAAUAUGCACUCAGCUGUCCACUACUGAAUCUCACAAGCUUGUAUUCCCUGUUUAAGAAAUUUGUUCUGAUAUGAAGAUGGGUUUUCUUUACUGUUAUUAAAUAAACCAAUGAGUUCUUGUCCUGUGACAGGACUUAUAAAUGCAGAUUCCUGCUUUUGUAGAUUUUUUUUAGAAUUGUUCAUGAAAUAGGCAUGAUGAAAGGCAGGUCAAUUAGAUCCUAAAUGUUUGCUAAUCCCUUCACAGCUAGAGUUACCAACCUGGUGUCUACAGACCCCUUGCUUAAUGGUAUUGGUCCAUUAAGAAAGAGUUGGGAACCUCUGGUUUUAACUCUAGCUAAAAUUCAGCUUAGUAAACACUGGUUUAGUUUCAUUAGCUCUAUUUUUCUGGGCACAACACUGAAGAUUUUAGAGAAUGUACAAGAAGAGGCAUGCUAAUAGUUGCAGGGAAACAGCUGAUUAGCUAGAGAAGCUUCCCUGUAGUUCAGAGAAAACAAGAUUUGACAAGUUUAAUAUAUUUUGGAAUAAAUCGAGGGAAUACUUAGCUCAGUUUAUCUGUUUCAGAAACACUAUAGUUUUAUCACAACCAAACAUUUAGGGCUGCAAACUAUUGUCAGGAUACCUGCAGUCUCAGCUUCAGUGAUCAGGUUCAAUGGUGCUGUCCCUAUUGUUUGAAUUUCUCCCUGAAUCAAAUGGGCUUCAUGUGUGUCUUCCUAUUUCCUUCCACGCCUCAAAGUCGCACUGGUCAGUCAAUAACACCUGCAAGUUGUCUCAAUGUGUAAAUUAGUGCUAAACUCAAAGCAGAGUUAAUGAGAAUAUGGGUACAAUUAACUAAGAUUUGUGUAUGAUUAGUUUUAUAUUUAUAUAUAAAACGAUUAUAGAAAUAAAAUUUAAAUAUAUUUUAUUCAUUAUAAUUUAAAAAUCAGAAUAUUUGAUGGUCUGUACAUACUUGGGCUGAUGAGGCUGUUUCUUUUCUGUGGCUCUUUCUCUUUUGAACCAGGUGCUGCUCUUUUAUUUUCCACCCUCCUACAACAUAUACAUCUAAAAUGAAUUGUCCACAUCCAUGCUUGAACAUAGCUGUUUUCCCCCAUCAUCUGUUUAGCAAUUACUUUGCUCAGUGAUAUUUCCACAUUGUUGUAUGAUCAUAAUUCCCAUGUUGACACAAGUGCUCCAUGGCUUAUUUGGCAGAGUCAAUACAUGCAAUCAAGUGUGUGGGAGGCUGGCUGGAUAGAUUUGUCAGCUGACGCAGGGCUGCAGGCAUCUUCUACUGUCUAGGUAUUCAGUUCACAGCGGCAUUUUCAAUUUGGAAACUGAGUUACUAACAGUAUGCAGAAACAGAAACAGAGCCCAGUGAAGAACUAUCAAUUUCCAGUACACACAGAGGGUACAGAAGAGUGGUACUAGGAUAAACUAUAUGAAUGAUUUGGGAUGGUAGUUCUCACAAAAGGGAUUAAGCUCAGACUUGGAGUGUUUGAUGUUUUGAUGAAUUUUGUUAAGAGUAAGUAGAGAGAAAUUAUAGUGAAAUAUGUCUGCAAUGGUUGUAACAUGCAAACAAAGGUUUUGAUACAGAAAUUGCAGACACUUGCAAUUUUCUUUGAUAAAGAACAAUGUAAGUGGAAAAGAAAAUUAUGAAUUACAGCAAUUGAAAGAAGGGAUAGUAGUGUCAGAAAAAAAAGCAGUAGUGAUUUAACUGCAGCCAAAUAUCUUUGAAAUAGUAAAUGAAACAUGGGAUUUGAGAGGAAAUGUGUUGGGAAUAAGCAGUAUUCAUGGAGAAAAGUAGUACUGGAUGACAGUUAGAGAUAUGCCAUUCUAUCUCAAUAUGCAUCAACGCAUAAAGAAAAAGAUAACUAGAAACUGAAAUCAAAAAGAACAUCCUUGAAAGUUGUUGCAGGUUUUGAGGUGUCUGUGUGUUAGAGACAGGGUGGAAUUUUAAAGCAAUAUGCAAAUACACCAGCCACAUGUAACAAUGCCCCUUCAGUUUAUCAAGGCUGAUAUUUACAAUACUGGCAAAUACUGUUUUUAGCUUCAGUGAAAAUCCUUAACAGCAGUCUUAACCCUUCUGAAGCCUCUUCAUUUAAAGUACACAAAAACUUAAUGAUAAGCAUUUACAGUAUAUGCAGCUGGUUCAAAUCAUUGUUGGAAAAUGUGUGAUUAUUUGUAAAAGAUGGAAUACGU